AUGGUUCCGAUGGUCAAGCAGGGCGUUGCGGCGAAGGAGAUCAGGGCGGCGUACGUCACGUUCCUGGCCGGCUCCGGCGACUACUGGAAGGGCGUCGUGGGCCUCGCCAAGGGCCUCCGCGCCGUCAACUCAGCAUACCCCCUAGUGGUGGCCGUGCUCCCCGACGUCCCCGAGGCCCACCGCCGGGCCCUGCUCGACCAGGGCUGCCUCGUCCGCGAUGUCCAGCCCGUGUACCCCCCGGAGAGCCGCACCAAGUUCGCCUGGGCGUACUACGUCAUCAACUACUCCAAGCUCCGCAUCUGGGAGCUCGUCGAGUACGACAGGAUGGUGUACCUGGACGCCGACGUCCAGGUGUACGAGAACAUCGACCACCUGUUCGACCUGGAGCCGGGCCACCUGUACGCCGUCAGGGACUGCUUCUGCGAGGGGACCUGGAGCGAGCAGUGCCGGGACAGGGUCGCGUUCUGGCCGGAGCCGCCGCCGCUCUACUUCAACGCCGGCGUGUUCGUGCACGAGCCCAGCCUCGCCACCGCCGAGGCCCUCCUCGACAAGCUCGCCGUCACCGAACCGACCGCGUUCGCCGAGCAGGACUUCCUCAACACGUUCUUCAGGAACGUGUACAAGCCCAUCCCGCCGGCGUACAACCUGCUGCUGGCCAUGCUCUGGAGGCACCCCGAGAGCGUCGACCUCGGCAAGGCCAAGGUCGUGCACUACUGCGCCCAGGGUUCGAAGCCGUGGAGGUUCACCGGGGAGGAGCCAAACAUGGACAGGGAGGACGUCGAGAUGCUCGUCAAGAAGUGGUGGAACAUCUACAACGACGAGAGCCUCGACUACAACACCGCCGGCCACCCUCUGGGAGUUGCUCUGACUGAGGCCGGCACCGUCAAGCAUUUCCCCGCGCCCGCCGCGGCGUAG